ACAAAGUUCUGCGUUUAUUUACAUUGCUAAACAAACCAAAAUCUGCAAUAAUAAUUUAUUUAACUCAGUAACGGAAGAAAAUAUUGUGACUUACGUGAUAAUCUGAUACAGGUGUGUACAAGGAACAAUAAAUAUUCUUAAUUAUAUUGUUCUAACGAACAAAACAACAAACUAAUAACCUCAAAGCUGUCGAUAGCCAUUAUUGCGAAUAUCAAAAUGUCUUCUGAACAGAAAACUAAGCACGUAAUUUACAAUACUGCCCGGAAAAUAUGCAAGGAAGCUGGGUCAAAAUUUAAUAUGGAAUACACACAAGACGCCCAGGAUUUAAUAGCAGAAUUAACAUACAAGCAAAUUCAGUUAAUGGGUUUCGACUUGGAGGCAUUUCAAAAGCACGCCAAAAGGUCCACCAUCAAUACGGACGACGUUAAAUUGUUGGUGAGACGGAACGAUUCGUUGAAGGAGAUGGUGGACGCCAAAGUGCAGGUUAUUGCUGCUAAUAAACCUGCCGAAGCUGCCACGUCGGCUGCUGCGCCUCCUAAAAGGAAACGUAAGAUGUGAUUUGUUAAUUUUAUAAUAAAUAAUUGCUCAUUUCUA